AUGCUGGAUGGAAUUGAUGAGGCCGCCAACAUGAAGCUGGCGGUGGAGGAGUUUGUGACCAAGACUUUGGUUCUAAUCGGUGUCCCUUUGCUGGUGACCUCACGGCCGGAGGGCAUCAGGAAGCGGCUCUAUUCCAGGGACUUUGUCAUCAUGAACUUACAACCUCUGAGUGGGGACCAGCAACAGAAGAUCAUUGAGAAACAGCUUCAAGAAAAUCUCUUCUUCAAGCAUCUCGUGGCAUUCAGCAGGGCCCGGCAAGCUCAGGAGGAAGCCUACAGAAGCAGCUUCCCAGAGUCCAGCGAGGAACGGGCAGCUCUUGAGGAACUGCCUGCAGUCGUGGAAGAGGCUGUCGCACCGGCAAGUGAGGACAUUGAUCACGAAGUCUUCGCGGCCGUCUUCUUCUGUGCGGCUGUGCGUCUUCUGGCCAGCGUAGGGUUGAGAGCAUCAUCCCUGCAGCUGCCUCAAGGCGCCGAGAGCAAAGGGCAUGCAGGGCAAAACCAGGAUGUUCAAAAGCGGCUAAGCAUCCAUUCCAAGAAGCUUGGGAUCAUAAAGGCAGACUUCGUAUGCCCCACUGCCUCCUCACUGGCAAGUCUGAGCAAGACGCUGCUCCAAGGCUUCACGGCAGCAAUCGAUGGUGAGCCCGCUCGUCUUCAGGUUGUUCGCUGCCAGAGUUACUUCCGGGAUCCUGGGCCUACUCGACUGCGGUUUCUGCGCUACGAGCUGAGACUGCGGUAUCAAGGUCUAUCUCAUACUGCUCAGGUGCAAAUCCAUCACGAAGAGUGCCUGACUUCUUUCAGGCAGGAUUCUGUACCCAGGGUGAACGGAAAAAGUGGGGAUAGACAAGGCAGCGUACCAACUGAACGACCCAACCACAGUGGCAAGGGACACGCAAGUCAAGAAUUUGCAAGGCUGUUGACGAAUACUGGUUCAAAGCAAUGUGGGCCCUGA